UGUGGGGCAGAGGCAGCUACUUUGUUUAGGGAGGGUCAUGCUUAAGCAAAGCAGGCUAUUGUUGUUUAUGGAUGAGGCAACAGCUUCUGUUGAUUCUCAAACCGAUGCUGUGAUCCAGAGGAUCAUACGAGAAGACUUUGCAGCCCGUACCAUCAUCAGCAUUGCUCAUAGGAUACCAACAGUCAUGGACUGUGAUAGAGUUCUUGUUGUAGAUGCAGGACGGACAAAAGAAUUCAACAAACCCUCCAACUUGCUCCAGAGGCAAUCACUCUUUGGGGCAUUAGUUCAAGAAUAUGCCAACCGCUCCACAGGACUAUAAGAAACCUUGAGCUCCUCUUCCUCUGUCAACAUCCACCAUCCAUAUAGCAGGGCAAAAACAAAACAUAUCUUUCUAAAGGUCAGGCCUUUUGAUUGAUACUAUAAGUUCUAUAUGUAAAGUUAAAUGGCCAUAUUUGUUGGUGCACAAAACUAGUGGAGGAAGGUGCAGUCACCAUUGCAAAUCAUUCAAACAUGAACUGUUUCAUAGCUGGUGUAUUUUGACUAGACAAGCUUCAUAAAUGCUUGUAAAUGGUUUUCUAAUUACAUUCGGCCAAAGUAGCCUUACUAUACAAAAGAUGUAGUGAUAGUAGGUCCUAAGUUUAAUCGUCCGGAAAGAGAAG